GAUCGCUACCGCACCCAACUAGAGCCAAACCGAUUUUAUUACAGCUUUUUUAUUCACCUAAAGGUCGGAACUACUGUGUUGUCUGCGUGUGAUGACCCAGUGCUCUCAGCCCAUUCUGGACGCGUGUGGGUGCUUUAGCGGACCGCCCUAUGCUAGUUUGAUUUUGCACGCGCUCGUGAGUGCCGUAGACCAUGGGGACCGCGCCAACGUCGCGGUCUUUACCGAUAUCUGAGGUUCGUUCUAUAUGCACACAUCCGCCGAUCCCCGACGGCCUCUCAAUGUCUCCUGGCACCACCAAUGCUAGCAUUCGGGUGGAUCUCUGGCUCGAUAUAUUUGGAACUAUUCAACUGAUAGCACUCGUCGUGGGAGGACCUGUUGUGCUGCUCCUCGGGCUUCUUGGGGUGAUGCUUGUGGAUGAUGUCCUGAAGGUCCUUUUCGAGCAUCUUGAUAGGAUUUCCGUGAACCAUGGUAGAGCCUGACAAAAAAGCAGUGUAGUACAUGUGAGAAAUUGACGCGAAAAUACAGAAAUGCAGGCGAUAGGCUGGCCGCUUUAUAGCCAGC